AUGAGGGCUCGAUUUUUCAUUUACGUUUUAAUGACAGCGCUAAGUAUCAAUUCAAUGUUUGCUUAUAGAAGAUUAAAAGACAUAAAUAACCUGAAAAUUUUAUCUCAAGGAUUCAAGGCGAUAAAACCUACCAAUUUUCAUCAAAUUCGGUCAAGGGCGAAGGACUCCAUGCAAAACGAAUUGAACGUUGAUAUAGGAGAUUGGACUAUUUACAUAAGUCCGAAAACACCAUACUACAAUACAGAGAAAAUUAAAGCCAUUUUAAUUUACUCAAUGACGUAUCCAUUUAAGGAGUUGGAAGAAUUUAAAGAGUACUUAUUUGAGGGUUAG